AUGACGCCUACGACUCGAUUUAGGUCCAAGCCCCACCGUCAAGUUGGCUACACUGAUCAAGACAAGCGAAGUCGCAUCCACAAGACACACAUUUGUCAAACAAAUCUCAACGCGGCGCUCGCUCUUCGCACUCAUAACCCAGGACCAUUUGCCACCGCCGCAGGAGUCAACAAACUCGCAGUCAAACUACAAAGCAAGCCAAAACUUGUGCCGAGGCCAAAGGCACGCGAUUGCAAGAUAUGUGCCAGGAAAAAGCCGCCAGUCUCUUUCGGAAAAUUAGGUGAAGCCGUCUGUGGUCACUUCAUGGACAUUUGCAGAGACUGCGUCGAGAAAAUGGUUCGAACAAAGAUGGUAGAUGGCACCCUUGAUGUGGCCGAAUUGGCCUGUCCAUACUCCGAGUGUACCUAUGUGAUGGGAUUUGAAGAAGCAAAGAAGUUGGUUUCCCGAGCUCUUUUCGAGAAGUAG